AGCUGUCAGAAACAACGAGAUGCUGGGCCACUUGCUACGCCAUGAGAAUAAACUAUUUGUGUUAAUUUUGUUGUAUUGCGUGUUUGUCAGUUUGCUGAAACUUUGCAUGGCCCAAGCGGAGAGCGGCGCGGUGGCAGCGACUGAUAACGGUGCUUUGGACAUUGGACACCUUGGAGACGACUGCCAGGUGACGCCAGUUAUACACGUGCUGCAGUACCCGGGCUGUGUGCCCAAGCCCAUUCCAUCGUUUGCCUGCGUCGGCCGCUGCGCCAGUUACAUACAGGUAUCGGGUAGCAAAAUCUGGCAAAUGGAACGCUCCUGCAUGUGCUGUCAGGAAUCGGGAGAGCGUGAGGCGGCCGUCUCACUGUUCUGUCCCAAAGUAAAGCCGGGCGAGCGCAAGUUUAAAAAGGUGCUUACCAAGGCGCCAUUGGAGUGUAUGUGCAGACCCUGCACUUCCAUCGAAGAGUCUGGCAUUGUGCCCCAAGAGAUUGCCGGCUAUUCGGAUGAAGGACCGCUUAACAAUCAUUUUAGACGCAUUGCCUUGCAGUAGGGUUUAUAAUCAUGUAUAUAUUACCAUACCAUUUGCACUUUAAAAUAUAUUAAGCUGCCUGCACAAAAAUUCGUUUGCUUUUCUAAUAAAAGCGCAAUUGCCAAACACAAUGUGACCAGAUGUCUUAAAAACGUUGUCUAUAAAUUAAGGUGGUAGUUCCACUUUUGGCGCUCAUUCACAAUAGAGUUUAGUUUGUGCUUCUUUUAUAUAAAAAAAAAAAUGCAGUUUGAUAUGCGCAGCUCCUGAAUAUUCACUAAAUAAACCAUUUUCACUUUUUAGUGUACAGCGGUUGUUUGUACAGCGCACACUAAAUUGCUUUUAAUCACAACGCUGCGUCAGUGUAUAUUUAAAGCUUAUCGAGCGGCAGCACAGCUCGAUUAUCAGAGUUGCGUGUGCGAGUAUGAGCGAGAG